AUGGUAGAGAAAGGAAAAUGGACAAGAAAGAGAGACAACAUGUUUAGACUGGUGUUGGUGGUGUUUUCUCUUGUCUUCACGGGUGGACGGAUAUGCUGUACAGGAUUUCAUUUUAAUUCAACCGGGCACUGUGUAGUGUGUCCUCACGGGUCUUUUGGAAAGAAUUGUAUUGGUUCCUGUCCUCCUGGUUUCUAUAGAGAACUGUGUAGCUUCAAAUGCCAGUGCAACAUGGACAACUGCAACUCAACGUUUGGCUGCAUGUCAACUUCGAAUUCUUCAAACACAUCUGAAAACUUGAAUUAUCUGAACCCCAUAACUUUAACGGUCGCCAUUCCAACAACCCUGGGACUUCUGUGUUUGUUUUGUCUCAUCUUUACGCUACUUGUAAUAAAGAUGAGAAAGAACACACAAGAGAUCCCAGACGCCAGUGCGCAGACAUACGUGCUUGACGUCACAAUGCCACAUCAAGCUAACUCUUGUUACGAUAACCUUGAACCUAUAGAGGACCUCCCGCCUCCUCCCUACAACAAGGACUACACAGAUGAUUCCUUGGCAAUUAACUUCUACGACACGUGUUAG